UUGUCUUCACAAAUCUUGUUUGUUCGUUGCUAAAAGGGAUAUCAAUAUUGGAAAGUUGGUAUGAUGAACUUGGAUGGAUUUAGAGCUUUUGCACUUCCGUAAGUGUUGGGGUCGACAUUGAUCGUGGUCGUCAAUGCCUGAUCAAGACGACAAAGAUCUUAACAUGGAUACGAGAAGUUUGACUUCGUCUUCAGUUAGUCAAAGACAGAAUGUACCUUACAUUCAUAAGAUUGGUGUCCCUCCAAAACAAAAUCUUUUGAAAGAAUUCAAAAACACAGUGAAAGAAACAUUCUUUUCAGAUGAUCCUCUACGACCAUUUAAGGAUCAACCGAAAAGAAGACAGGUCGUGCUUGGCCUGCAAGCGAUUUUCCCAAUUCUUGAAUGGGGAAGAAGUUAUAAUAUCAAAAAAUUUAGAAGUGAUCUUAUUUCUGGACUCACCAUUGCCAGUCUUUGUAUUCCACAGGAUAUUGGGUAUUCAAAACUAGCAAAGGUAGAUCCUCAAUAUGCAUUGUACUCAAGUUUUGUUCCGCCACUGAUUUAUGCGUUUAUGGGGAGUUCACGAGAUAUAGCCAUAGGACCAGUGGCCGUGGUCUCUUUAUUAUUGGGAACACUCAUUGGAAAUGAGUUUGAUCCGGAUACCCAACGAGAUGAGUAUCUUAGGCUUGUAUUUACAGCUACAUUUUUCGCUGGGAUCACUCAAGCUACUCUUGGAGUUCUCAGGCUUGGGUUUCUUAUAGACUUUUUAUCACAUGCUGCUGUUGUCGGUUUUAUGGGUGGAGCUGCCAUCACCAUUGCCCUUCAACAACUAAAGGGGUUCCUUGGUAUCAGCACUAAACAUUUCACGAAAGAAACUGAUAUUAUUUCAGUAAUGAAAUCGGUUUUUAAGUCUGCUCAUCACGGGUGGAAUUGGCAGACAAUAGUCAUUGGAACAAGUUUUUUGGCUUUCCUACUUGUUGCCAAGUACAUUGGAAAGAAGAACAAGAAGCUGUUUUGGGUGCCCGCAAUCGCACCUUUGAUCUCUGUUAUCUUAUCAACUUUUUUCGUGUACAUUACACAUGCCAAUAAUGAAGGCGUUGCGAUUGUGGGAAAAAUUGAGGAAAGAAUUAACCCUCCUUCACUUGACAAAAUCUAUUUUUCUGGUGAAAAUUUACUAAAAGGAUUAAGAAUCGGCAUUGUGGCUGGCAUGAUUGCACUAACGGAAGCAGUUGCCAUUGGGAGAACUUUUGCUUCGAUGAAAGAUUAUCAAGUAGAUGGAAACAAAGAAAUGGUAGCACUUGGAACUAUGAACAUUGUAGGCUCAAUGACAUCAUGCUACGUCGCAACAGGUUCAUUCUCGCGAUCUGCUGUAAAUUAUAUGGCAGGAUGCCAGACAGCGGUUUCAAACAUUGUGAUGUCGAUUGUAGUAUUACUAACUGUAGAAUUCCUAACUCCUCUUUUCAAGUACACCCCAAACGCAAUUUUAGCUUCCAUUAUUAUAUCAGCUGUCAUUGGGCUAAUCGAUAUUGAUGCUGCCAUAUUAAUUUGGAAAAUCGACAAACUUGACUUUUUGGCCUGUAUGGGAGCAUUUCUUGGAGUCGUUUUCAAAUCUGUCGAGAUUGGUCUUUUGAUUGCUGUGGCAAUAUCUUUCGCCAAAAUUCUUCUUCAAGUUACACGACCACGAACUGCCAUUCUUGGAAAGAUACCAAUGACAAGCGUUUACAGAAACGUUGAACAGUAUCCCGAGGCGACCAAAGUCCCUGGUGUCUUGAUUGUAAGGGUAGAUUCUGCUAUUUACUUUUCCAACUCCAACUACAUCAAAGAAAGGAUAUUGAGAUGGCUAACUGAGGAAGAAGAAAAUCUAAAAGCAGCAUACCUACCAAAUAUUCAAUUCUUAAUAGUUGAAAUGUCGCCUGUUACCGAUAUUGACACCAGUGGAAUCCAUGCCUUUGAAGAGUUACACAGAAGUUUGCAAAAGAGAGAUGUUCAGCUUGUUCUUGCAAACCCCGGGCAACUCGUCCUAGACAAGCUAUAUGCAGCGGAUUUCCCUGACUUGAUUGGCGAAAACAAGAUUUUUCUCACAGUUGCAGAUGCUGUUCAUACAUGUUCAUCAAAGUCUGCUCAUGAGGUCUGACCUCAUCAGUAAAAUGUGAAGUGCAAGAAGAAUUAAAGUUUAGAGUCACUACUCACUAGUUAGAAUCCCCAUAUGUACUCAACCUAUAUAUGAAAUCAGAAUUGUUGGAUUUUUUACAGAAUAAGCUUGUUUGUUAGAUUGUUUAUACAUGAAAUGACUAGGGCUUGGAGAUAAAGAGAACAAUGUAGGAAACUGCAAUUUUGCCUCUUUUUUUUACGCUUUUGGAUUCUGUUAGACAAUUGCACAUGAUAUAACCGUCAACAGUUUGUAAGUUGUAUAAUGGUUUGAAUCCGUGUAAAGACAUAUGACGCUACAUUUUUCUA